AUUUGUGUCCCGCCAUCUACGGGGGUUGGUUUGAAUGCAGAUUUUAUGCCUGUCUUGUCUUACACAUUUUGGAAGCUUUUGGAAAUCAUAUAACCUCACCGACGGUUGUUAAUUGCAUGCUAUUUUGAUUUGAAAUCGUAUUUAAAUGUAAUGUGUAUGACUGUCGUUACUGUAUUCUUCUAAUAUAGAAUAUACUAUACAUUCUCAGUUCGUUACUAUCGGUUUUUCAUUAUUAAACACCGUGUAACGUAAUUUAGGUAUUUACAUGUAGUCAUCACUAUAGUAACUUACAUAGUAUGUACUUAUGGUUUUGUGCUAACUGACGUGGGCCUAGGAGGUUAAACGUGCGCAUAAGAACACGCUUGUUGCGUUGUUACUGUUCUGUACUGUACUGUUCUAAAGAAAAAUAACACAUAAGUAGAAUUUCUAACAGAGAUAGUACACAAUUAAAUACAAGAUUAAGUGGUAUUUAAUAGAGAGAUGGAUGACGAAGCUGAAACGUACAAGUUAUGGCGUAUAAGGAAGACAGUGAUGCAAUUGUGCCAUGAUAGAGGUUAUCUCGUUACUCAGGACGAAUUGGAUCAAACUUUAGAACAAUUUAAGGAACAAUUUGGCGAUAAGCCAAGCGAGAAAAGACCGGCACGCAGUGAUUUGAUUGUUUUGGUUGCUCACAAUGACGAUCCCACAGAUCAGCUAUUUGUAUUUUUCCCCGAUGAACCUAAGAUAGGAAUCAAAACAAUUAAAACGUAUUGUCAGCGUAUGCAGGAAGAAAAGAUUCACAGGGCUAUCAUUGUUGUACAACAAGGCAUGACACCAUCUGCAAAGCAAUCAUUGGUAGACAUGGCUCCUAAAUAUAUAUUAGAACAAUUCUUAGAAUCCGAAUUACUGAUUAACAUCACAGAACACGAGUUGGUACCUGAACACAUUGUGCUUACGCCGGAUGAGAAGGAAGAAUUACUUACCAGAUAUAAAUUAAAAGAAAAUCAAUUGAUGCGUAUACAGGCUGGUGAUCCUGUAGCUCGUUAUUUUGGUUUAAAACGUGGACAAGUUGUAAAAAUUAUUAGGCCAUCCGAGACUGCUGGAAGAUACAUUUCUUAUAGACUUGUAUGUUAAAUAAAUAUUUUUAUAUGUACAUUAAACAUCUGUAUUGCAGUAAAAUUGAAAAUACCUAUACAUAACAUGAUUUUUUAUAAGUAUAAUGUAAAAUAGAGAAAUAUAAAAUAUACAGCAGUUAUUUGGUAAAUAAAAAGGACUAUCU